UAAUGUCGCCAUCUGGUAACACUGGCAUUCAGCAGAGCAGUGAAAACGACGUUAAUAUUUCUGAUCAAUUAAACAAUUGGAAAAUCCGGCCGCAGAUCGCGAUCUAAACGUACCGCCCUCGCCACGCCCACUGCCGCCCACGCCCCCUGGCGCGGGGUCACAUCGAUAGAGAGCUUUGCGUGUGUGUGUGUGUGUGUGCGUGCGUGUAUGUGUCGGUCGAGAGGAGAGGAGGAAGACGAAGAAGAGUAAAAAAAACAGGCAGCGAAAAGCGAUAAGAAACGGAACACAACACACUGGAAAAAAUUGCGAUAAGAAACGGGGCGGAGCGGAGCGGAAAUUGCCAAGACUUUGGGAUGGAUUAGCGGCACAGCCGGACUCUAAGGUUAGCCAACAGUAGGAUUAGGACCAGGAACAGCCAUGUCCUCCGCCGUUAACAUCCAGAUCGUCUCCAUGCCGAAUCUGGCCAAGAUCGAGAGCUUCCUGAAGGAUGUCAGCUACCGGGAGACGAUCGAGUACAGUGCCAACUUCAACACGCGCUUGUGCAGCGAACGGCGCCACCGGCUGCCAUUCCUCGAUCCGCAGACAGGAGUCGCCCAGAACCACUCGCAGCUCUUCCUGGACAAGCGACAGCGGAUGCCCGGCUUCCGGCAGGGCCAGAUCUACACGUAUCCGGCUGCCCGCUGGCGGAAGAGCCGUCGUCAGUACUUGAGCAAGAUGUACAGCCGCUUUCCCGAGCGUCCCUUCCAGGCGCUACGCAAGGAGCACGAAGCUCUGGUGGCCAGCGGCGUCAAUCUGGGACUGAGCAGCCUGACCAGCGGUGUGGGCCCCAUGCCCGGCAGCAAUAGCCUGGCCAGCAGCUCCUCCCUAACGCUCAAUAUGCUUACGGGCGGCGGAGCCGCGCCGGCCGUACUUGGUUCCCUGCACAGCGACACUGCCCACGAUUUUAAUGGAGCCUUCAGCCUGGAGGAGUCCAGCUCACUGGGUGCCGCCGGCGGUGAUACAUCCGACAGCAAGGACAGUCAACAGCAACAACAUCAGCAGCACCAGCACCAGCAGCAGGCCGUCAAGGAGGAGCAUUUGCCCAAGGAGUGGUUCUACGAUGACAUGGACAUGAACGAUGUGGAUUCACUGGAGGAGCCCAAGUCGCCGGCGGAUGAUGAGUACGAUUAUGAUCCGCGUUAUGGUAACAAAAAGAGGCGUAAGCGGCGCCCAGGCAAGCGAGGUGGAGAUUCCGGCGGCGGUGGUGGUGGAGGAGGCGCCGCCGGUGGCGGCAAUUCCGGCGGUAGCUCCAGCUCGCGGAGACGCAGUGCAGCGGCCAGGUCGCGUAUCACAACGACGGAUGCGGCGCUGGACGCCUCGCUGGAGGCCAUCGAAUCUGGCGAGAGUGUGCCAGGCAGCAAUGGAGGACCCAUCUCCAGCGGAGGCAUCCUAAGCGGCAGCCUGGGAGCAGGCUUGGCGGGAGUUUCGGGAUCCGGCGGCGGCGGAGGAGCAUCGGGAGCUUCGGCCAACAGCCGCAGAUCGCGGGGAGCGGGAACACGUGGCAGGCGACGAGCCAAGGGGCCAAACAGCGCCGUUGGAGCGUCAUGCGAUCCGACAAGUCCCGGCAUGGUCAUCGAGCCACCAUCCUUCGAGAGUGCCGCUGCUGCGGUGGGCGUGGUCGAGGACGCGAACGCCCAUCUGCGCAACUAUCGGAAGUAUCUGUAACCGCUCUAUCAGCAACUAACUGGACGUGUAAUCAAUCAAAGCCUUGUUUUUCGCAGUGUUUUCUCGCCUAUUGAAUCGACCUACUUUUCGCACAUAAUUUAAAUAUAGUUUUUAAGCCUUAGUUGAUCACUGUUUGUUGUGCUCCCCUCCGACAAAAGGAUAAAGCCAAGCAUGAAAUGAAAGAAAGGAAACAAAUACAUUGUGGACCAGGGACAGAAACAGGAUUAGAACCAGGAUAACCGAAUCAGAACCGCGCACCAGGCCGUAACCAAUACAAUUCCAAUGUUUCGCCUCUCUUAACUUUACGUUCCCAUAGCCAAUUGAUUGUUGUUUUUUGAACUAGCAAUGGGACUGGCGAACUCCUACUAUAGGAUAACUUGAACGGAAUCUUAGGGAUGUAGCAAAUAUUCUUCGGACAAUUUUGUAAUGUAGCAAACCUUUAGGCCAUCAAUUAUAAACAUUGCAUAAGUUAGACAAUGAAUUUAAAGAGGAUCCUUUUCCGUCAUCGUUAGGCAAUUCGUAAUCAAUUAUUUUAUGUGAAACAGCACAAUUUGUAUUAUGUUACCGAAUUGUAUAGUUUUGCAAUACUUACUUUCUAUAUUUCCCAUCUGGUUUCCGAAGUUUUGCUAGAGCAGUUCGCCAGCCCAUUGCAUUAUAUUAUACAUUAUAUAUAUGGGUGUACAGACAUUAUAUAUAUAUAUAUACAUACUUGCAUGCAUUGUAUUUGCGACUCUACUUAAGGCAAGUCCACCUUUUGGACUGGCUCUCCACCUAAUCGCAAUCUCUCGGUUUCUGUUGCUGCAUGUUCUUAAUACUAUUUCACCUAGACACCCCACCCCUCCCCACCCCACAUAUUAUAUUCAAUUUUUUUUAUUUAACCAAAAUUUUAGUUAAAAAAGAGACAAUUCAAAUUGUAAUCUAUUUAGGCAAGUGGUAGGGUAUCUCUAGCAUUAGAAGAAGCUAAAAGGAAAAACAAUUUCGUAAAACCAAAAUUUUUUCUCUAGGAUCAUAAUUAUUAAGCUGAGCUAAAAACGAAAACAAAUUUUAACUAACUAAGAAGGGACAAAAUUGAAACAAGAUCAAAAAAGAAAAACAUGUACAUUUUGGAAGAAUCAAAGUCCACAAAAUUUUAACGAAUGAGAGGCAAAAAAUCAGACAAAAAUGAACCACAAGAGAAUGAAAAAAAAAAAAAAAA